CAAGGUAUGGGUGCUAAAAAGCUGUCUUGUAUUCUUGACUGAGAUCGAAAAUAUUGUCAAUGGGGCCGGCAACGCUGACCUUGCGUAACCGUAAAGUCUAGAUCUUGCGUAACGUUGAAAAUUUCUGCACACACACGUGCUGCAAGAAAGAAAAUGCUGGUUGUCCGUAUACUGAAGUACGGUGCAUCAGGCGGCCUGUUGGGGACGUCAGCCUUCUGGUUACACUACAAUAGCUGGGACCCUGUGGACAGUGCCGUGGGUCUGGUGAGAAUGAGCAGAGCCUUCGCAACCGUGGCCAGGAUCGCAGUGGACUACAAGAACACCCUUUCCAAUGCGGCAGUAGGGACGGAGGAAUACGUACAGCUGAAGUCAGCUUGUCACCUAAGGUCUGCUGAGCGACUGUACCAGCUGUGCUGUGUCAACCGUGGCUGUUACAUCAAGGUUGGACAGCACAUCGGGGCUUUAGACUAUCUAUUGCCCCGGGAAUAUGUGCAGACUAUGAAGACACUUCACAGCAAGGCACCACAAUCUUCACUAGAAGAGGUACACCAGGUUAUAAAAGAGGAUCUCGGAAAGGAGACUUGUGAGAUCUUUCACUGGUUUGACGAGCAGCCUCUCGGUGCCGCCUCGCUCGCCCAGGUCCACCGGGCCACGCUACACGACGGGACGUCAGUGGCAAUAAAAGUGCAGCAUCCCAAGGUACAACGCCAGUCCAACCUGGAUCUGAACACCAUGGAAUUACUGGCCAGAAUUGUAGCCAGGCUGUUUCCUGAGUUUCAGUUUCUGUGGUUGUGUGACGAGGCAAAGAAAAAUCUUCCAAGGGAGCUGGACUUCCUUCAAGAAGGUCAGAAUUGUGAGAAAGUGGAGAUGAUUCUUAAGAAGUACAGCUAUCUCAGAGUGCCCAAGAUCCACUGGGAACUUUCGACCAAAAGGGUGCUCACUAUGGAGUUCUGCCAAGGUGGACAGAUCAACGAUCAGGACUACAUGCGGGACAACGACAUUGACGUGAAUGAAGUCACACGAAACCUGGGGAAGCUGUACAGCGAGAUGAUCUUUGUUCAGGGUUUCAUCCACUGUGAUCCGCACCCCGGGAACGUGCUGGUGCGGAAGACUGAGAACUCUGGGACAGAGAUUGUGCUGUUGGAUCAUGGCUUGUACCAGACACUGUCCGACGAAUUUCGGCUGGACUAUUCACGACUUUGGCAGGCCAUCCUGGCUGCAGAUGUGGAGGGCAUCAAAGAGUACAGCAAGCGCCUGGGAGCGGGUGACAUGUACGGGCUGCUCGCCUGCAUGGUGUCUGCCAGGUCGUGGGGCGCGCUGACGAGGGGUAUCGACAAGACGCCCAUCUCAGAGGGAGAGGACGACGAAGUGAAACGAUACGCCGCGACGCUCAUUCCGCAGAUCUCGGACCUCCUCAACCGAGUUCCACGACAAAUGCUGCUCCUCUUCAAGACAAACGACCUGUUACGGGGUAUCGAACACGCUCUGAACUGUCGCGCCAACGCAUCAUCCUUCAUCAACAUGUCCCGCUGCUGUGUGCUCGCGCUUAGCAACCACCAGCUGAAAACCUCCACCAAAUGGACAGAACGCAUGAAGAUCUUGGCGUCACGGGCGAUCACUCUCUGGAAAAUAGACCUCUACGAGUUCUUUUUAUGGUUCACCACUACUGCUUUAGUCCGGUGGAUUAGCCAACCAAUAUCUGUCAACUGAUUUACUGACAAUAGGGGCUGACCAGAAUCAUCAUAAUUAUGUUUUAUCAUAGAGGUAAUAUUGAUAUGAACAGAACAAUGAGAGAUAUUGAUGGAUAUUCUCAUCUCAGGGAGUAUUUGUCAUUUGCAAUUUUGAACACAAAAUAUUCUGACAAACAAGCACUGAUCAGUACGAUUGGAUUUGGGAGUGUUAAGGCUUAAGGGAGCUCACCAGUUUAUUUCUAUGCUGCACAACCUCAAGUCUAGUGACUAUUUCUUUCAGGGAAUAAUUCUGCAGCAAAAUAACUGUACAAUAUGAUGGAAGGAUAUCCCUUCAGCUGGGGGACCAUCUGAGUUUUGUUUCUUCAACCUCCUUACUCUGUAAUUUUGUAAAAAAAUUAGCAGAAACGAACAUAAUUUUCACAUUGAUAUCAAAGCACAAAUUGGGAAUUUUUGGUCAGGAUAAAACCUGAAGAAAAAAUCCUGUGGCAGAAAUUAUUGAUGGCAUAAAGAUACAAACCUUGACUCAAUUAUUAAGAAAAUUUUGUUGUAUAGUAAUAGUAGCACUGUAAAAACCACAAUGUGGUGAUGAAAAUCCAUGUACAUGUUACAGAUUAGUCUACUACUACUAGUACUAAUAACGUUACAUGUAUCUGGGGCAAAUGGACACAUCAAUUUCAAUGUUGAAGAAUACCCAGAAGGCUUUUCAGCCAUGUUAGUAUUUUAAUGUCAUUUCACAGCAGAUAAUAAGAAAUGUAUUUUUUACUCAAAGUCAAAGUCAAACUCAAACUUUUUUACUCAAAGUCAAACUUGCAUUGGAUUUGGAUACUAGUACUCGAAACCCUGCAGUGUCAUGGGCCCUGGUUGUGUUUGAGAAUAUUUGGAGUGAAAAAUGAUUUGGCAUAACCUAGAAAAUGAUGUCUUACUGCAGUGACUAAUGUCAAAU